AUGCCGAUCCGCCACAAACAACUACUGUUCAACCAUUUUCACCUCGUUCUACCCACGUUCCUCUUUCUUCUUCCACAUAGCACGAUUCUCUUCCACAAUAAAUUAAAAACGUUUUUCCGUUCGAAGGAAAUCUAUCCAAGUUUUUGCAGGCAGAGUACCAUCAUACACCAACAUUGUGACCAGCAUCAGAUAGAUAAUGCUUUCUGA